UAAGAGUCGGGGAUAAAGUUGUUGCAGCGUCGCGUCCCACUACUUAGCUAUCAACCCUUUACAAAGGACGUCAUUUCUACCAAAGUCUCGUCUGUCUGAAAGACAGGAGCAGCUCGAAGAACAUAUCUUAAAACCGGGCAUGCACUUAUGCUGCCAUCGAGCAUGACCAGCGCAUUCACGGCCACCCUGGGGUUAUUCUCGCUAACUCUUAUAUAUAUCUGCUACCACGCAGCCAACGACGUUCGUCUAACAGUUUCUCCACAAGGAUGUCGGAUGUCAUGGAUGUCUCCAUCUUACCUCCUCCAACACGAAUUCAACUCCUCAUGGACACCAUUGGCACACCGGUAUUCACUCUGGUUAUACCGCGAGGUGGGGUGGGAUCCCAACCAGGUCAUGGGUGUACCAGUUCUGUUCAUCCCCGGAAACGCUGGCUCGUCGCACCAAGUCCGGUCCAUUGCGUCUUCUGCUGCAAGGCAAUAUUUUUCAUCUCCUUUUGUCAUAUCUAGUGACUUUACGGGUCGUGGAAUUCAGCCGCUGGACUUUUUUGCUGUGGAGUUUAACGAAGACCUUUCGGCGUUCCAUGGACCCACUCUCGACUCGCAGAUAGAAUAUUCCUCUGCGGCGAUACGUUACAUUCUCUCGCAUUAUCCCCCCAAUACGCGAAUCAUCGUCAUGGGUCAUUCAAUGGGCGGCAUAGUGGGCACCGCUCUUCUCCCAUCUGACGACAUAUCUGCAUUAAUAACUAUGUCUACUCCACACACACUUCCGCCCGCACGCUUUGACGCCCGUAUAGAUGAAAUAUACCGACGGAACGCUGAAUAUUUGGUAAAUGACCCGACGCCUGUCGUCUCGAUAUGUGGAGGGGCAACAGACAUGAUGAUUCCUUCUGAGUCUUGCAUUCUUCCAGAUGCCGGAGACGUUAAUCCGGGAAGUGCUAUAUACCGUCGCACAAUCUUUACAUCUGCACUGGAGGGUGCAUGGACUGGGGUUGGACAUCGCGAAAUGGUAUGGUGUCACCAGGUGCGAUGGCGGGUUGCUCGCGCUGCCCUCGAGCUUGGAGGAGCAAAUUCCAAUGUAGACAUGGCAGUUAUUCUGGACACCUGGCUUAAUAGAAAUGGACGUCUCAUUCCUCCUGCAACAAGCAUAGAUAUCUCCGAGGCAGCGACGAACGAGGCUCUCCCAGAGGAUAUGAAUCUAGUCUUGAAGAAACCCGCUGGAUUUCGGACAUACCUCCUCCCUAUACCGCGUACUCUUGAGACGAACACUACGUUUGUCUUGUUUGUAUCACGAGGCAGCAUAUCGUCUAUUGGAUCCCAGCAUUCGACCAGACUUCAGGCAUCACCUUACUUCUGCGUUGGACGUGCGACAUCGCCAACAAUACAACAAUAUUCAGAGUCCCUGUCGUGUGUACCGCUUGAGCCCAGUACUCUGAAGCUCUUGCCAAGUCCUAUACCGGGAAAGCCUUUCCCUGUCCCAGAUGAAGGGUCCGAUGAGAGCGACGGCGUAGUCCUUUUCGAGGCCACGGUACCACGUAUACCUGCUGAUGUGGAGGACGCUUGGAUCGGUGUUCAUGUUAAUGCCGCCGGCGAAGAUGGCUGGGUUUUCGGAGGGUUUGACAAGACUCAGACUCUUCAAAGUGAUAUUGGUGUCUUUGAUAUCCUUGCUGGUGGCGCGAAGCUCUCGUUGCAAUCUGUUGAACAGAGUUCAAUGCGAAGGCACAUCACCUUCCCGAAGUUACUUUCGAACGCGCUCUUGAUAUAUAAACUCACUCCAAGAUCAGCCGAACCCACGGUGUCAUGUGCACAGCCCAUUCUUCCCCCGCUUUUGGUGCACAAGUCUCAUCCAGCGGAAACUCAUUACUAUCGUCUGGAACAUGAUAAACCAGUCGCCAUCCAUACACAUGCGUCAGCGCCGUUUAUACCCCUCUCAAGGUUUACUCCGUCCCAUAGUUCAGAACUCUGGAUAUACUCGUCUGGCACUGGCUGUCAAGAUGUCAAUGAAUUUAUCUUGACUAUCGACUGGUGGGCAACUAUUGGGAGGAUUGCCACUAGGUAUCCUACCAUCUUAAUAAGCUGGAGUUCAGGUGUGGUUGCGCUGUUGAUGUUCCAUGCGUGGCGCGAGAGCGGGAAGGGCUCAAUGCCGAGUGUGCAACAAUCGUUGGUCACCUUCAUCUGUCGCCCCAUGCCAAAACUACUUGUUGCAUCCUUCGUUGUAGCUUUGUUGCCAUUGAGCCCUGGUUAUUACUUAGGAACCCGAGGAGAAUCGUUUCUCGGGUUUCUUGCGCCAGUCUUGCUGGUUGUCGCCACUGGCUUGGUAUGUGUCAGCUGGUGGUUCAUAUUACUCCUCAUGUGGCCCUUGAGACUCUUCACGCGGUUGCUGCCAGCAAAGAGCAGGCAAUACAAUGACCAGGGCAUGUCACGAAGCACCGUCGUCUCUAUUAUCUUCAUCUCUCUUCUGGUGUUCCUGUUUGUCCCGUGGCAAAUCGCGUUUAUCGGAUGCUGGUUGAUUCAUCUACACACAUGUGCAAAUUCAGCACAUCGAAAGCCUUACCCUGGCUCUGCGCCUUCUCUCAGAAGUACACCCACCGAGUCGCUUCCUCUGCGUGAGCGCUUCGACGGCCACGAGCAGGACACACAGGACGCUGAGACCAAUGAAAUAGCGCCCUCCGAAGAGCUUGAAAUCCAGGACAUGCGCCGGCCUCAGGGUUUGGCCACCAUCACUGACACUCUGGAUAUCAUCCAAGCUCACCAUGAGAACACGCAUCUCCUGUUGCUGAUGACUUGGCUUCUGCCUUUGUCGAUGCCUGUGCUUGCGGUUUGGGUGCGAACCUUGAUGACUGCUGGGUACACGGCCCCGUUCAAUGGUGACCACAACGUCUUCAAGGUCGCACCGUUCCUUGUGCUUGUUGAUUGUACGAGUCGCAGAAAAAGCGCUCUAUUAUCGCACGGAAAGGCGGGAUCAUACCUUCACUGGGGAUACCUCAUUGUCGCCUGUGUGUCAUUCUUGCUGGGCUCCCGAGAGGCAUACAGGGUGUUCGAUGUUGCGAGUUUGUUCAUCGGGUGCGCGUUAGUUGUAAAAUUCAGCCCUGUCCGGUUUGCUAGAUGCGUUGCUGAAUGACGAUUCAAGUAUUUUCCUGGAAGGGGUAUUGAGAAAUAAACAAUGUCUCUUGCGUUGAUUAUACGGCUGAAGAUCGUCAUGUUUCACAGUUCUGGGCUUGGAGGCAGCUGACUUCAUUGUUUGCACUGAGCAGGUUUUUGUUUUUCGUUGCUGAUGGAACGGUUACAUAGCGGCUCGCGAGGCAGCUCACACCAUGGAGAAGACGUACGUCGUAUGAGCUGUCUUGCAUACCAGCGCCUGUGAUUUGACCCACUAAAGCCCGAC